UAAGACAGUACUGUGAAAGUUUUUCGAAGAGAUUCUUGGCGGCUUCUGUUUUACGGUUGAUUUUGUGCAGUAUCGUUUCGCUUGACUACUCUUUCGGAAUAAAUAAUAGACGUUAAGUAAUAUUCUGUUUUGGUUUUUGGAGAAAUUUCAUGAGGAAUAAUGAAAGUGACGGUCAUACAGAUAUUUGUAUCAGCUCUACUGAUUUCAAGCAUGAAAUGUUUUCCACAAGAUCCAACACCAAAUGAAAUUUCUCCCGAAGACGUUAAUUUUUUGGUAGAACCGAGACCGGAAACUAAACAGAAUUUACAGCCACCAUUUUCUUUUGUUAACACCGUCAAAGAAGUUGAGGAUAUGAUAAAAUCAAAUCCGAAGCUUCCAAGGCUAACCAGAGGCGAAAUAAUCGAUUUGUUGGAGAAUAUUACAAAAGCCGAUAACACUUAUACGAUUCUGCAACAGGCUUCCAUAAUUCCCGAAAAUCACAGAGCUCCCAAAGCUGUUAUGAAAGUUUUGCCAAUAACGCCCGAUGCAGCAAAUACAAAUAACGUGGAAGAGCUUUAUACUAAACGACCUGUGACGCAAAUCGUAGAUUUUAAUCAUAUUGGACAAGGAAGCGAUGAUAGUGUUCUUAUAGACUUCGGUGUGCCCAAGAUGCAUUUUGAUUCCGCAAAUGAAGAAUACAAGCCAAAAACUGCUGAUGAAAAUUUUAAUGGCCAUCCUUUUAAGAUAUUUAACCCUACAUAUAAAAGAAAAACAACCGCAUCUACUACAACUUCCACCACAACUGCUGCCACUUCAGAUUCUACCCGACAGCACUUCGUAGAACGAAAACCUCAAGGAUAUAGACGGAAAACGACGGCAGUAACUACUACUACUACUACUACAACUACUAGCCCUUCAGUAAGCACCCACAGACUAAGAAGUAGAAAACCUUUAAGACACAGAACUACUACCACAACCACUCUACGUUAUCCAAAUCAUAGGUACGAAGAUGAACAAGCAAAUGAAGCUCCGAGCAGUUCAAGUUCAACCAUGUUUCCUAGUAACGGCAUAAAAAUAGUUCAACCUCCUUCCCUUCCACCAAAAAUCAUCAACGAAGACCUUUUGGGAGCUCACGAUGAGAAGAAAGAAGUGUAUAUAGAAAAAGAUGUGCCGGUAUCAUUUAUACCAGUAAAAGACAUCGACUUGAGCGUAGGAGAUGAUAAAGAACAGGAUGAAAGUGUUCCUUUAAUCGUGGAAAUUCCAGAAGAUCUGAAAGGCGUAUUAAGUGAUCUUAAUAUGGAGUCGGCUCUAAAACAAAAGACGAAGAAACACAAUAAACCAAAACAUAAACCUACUCAGAAGCCGACUAGUGAGAUAGGAGACGAACAGUUAAACAAUUUACUGGCAACACUAAAGUUAUUAGCCGCACAGCAAACAUCUACAACAACCACCACAACUGUAAUUCCAGAUGUAAGUGAUGUAGUCGAUAAUCUUUCACCAGACAUGAAAGAUCUUUUGAUGAACUUCGGUCUCAUUCCAAACCCCAACCCACCUGAACCUGAACGGGAAAAUUUGAGUCAAGUAUAUGAAUCUUAUAAUCCAGAAAAAGCAGAAGUCAAACCAGAUUCUUAUACGGGCUUUAAACCUCUGCCUGAAGAUAAUAACAGUAGAAAUGAAAUGCACGAACUACUUGCUAGAUUUGGUCUGGGUAGAAAUGCUAGAAAGCAGAAAUCGUUAAAUAAAAAUAAAGAGUCUGACUUAGAAAUGGUUCCUGAAGAGUACCAAAAGAUUUUGCAGGAUAUUGGAUUUGGUGAUAAAGAUGAGUACGUUCCAGCUGAGAGUCAACAACAUUCGACACAAUCUAAACACGUCUUCAACCCAUCCGAAAAUUUAUAUGCCACCAAAGACGAAAUAGAAAAACUUAACAAACUUUCAAAUGUUAUAAAGCAAUUGGAACAUUUAAACCGAAGUAUAACUGAUGAAGAUUUACAAAAAAUUGAUACAGACACAUUAAAAGUUCUAGUACAAAGUCUUAACAAUAGUCUUGCUGACUUUGAAGGCAAGCCUCUAUCUUUAGAUGAACAAGACGCUCCUGAUCCGUUAACUUUGGAAGAAGAUUUAAUGAAGAAUGAAGUAAAAAGAGAAGAAGGAACAACUGAGAAACUUAAGAAAGAAGGAACCUCCACUACAGAAGCGCCUUCUUCAACUGAACCGGAAACCACGACGUCAGAAUCAACAGAUGGAACAGAAACUCCUAACAUUAAAGAUCUAGAAGACUCUUUUGGAGGCCCCAGGGAUGAAUCCACUGAAGCCUCAGAAGCGGAAACUCAAACUGAAACACUGCCGCCACCACCACCAAAGAAACCCAACGGAUUCUAUUUCUUAUUAGAUUGGAAUUCAUUCUUCGAUAUUGAUGACCAAAAAGGAAGACGAGUUAAUCUAAGGUUCCAACCAAAAGUUGGAGAUCCAAGACUGUGGUAUUCUGUGCCGUAAAAUUUUAAACUUAAUGUGAUAGAUAGUUUAUGAAGUGGUUGCUCAAUGGAAAAGACUAUAAAUAUGGACAAUAGGGACAAUUAUUUAUGAUAUUGUACAAAUAUAAUUUAGUAAAUUUAUUCUCGUAUUAUUUACUUUAAU